CUUGGCGAUACUUCACCUCCUGACUAUUCAUAUUAUCAUUUUCUUCAUUCUCUCAUAGUUAUUUUAUUGUCCAGACAUGAGCAAGCAGUCGCAGAGCAAUAAACAUGAGCGCAAGCACCAACACGACAAUUCCGAUUACGACGAUGACGAUGAGCGUGUGGACUACAUUUACAUAGGGACGGAGUUUCCGACAGAGCAGCAGCAAAGGAGCAUUGACCGCCGGCAGAACACAUGGGACGGCAAGCCCAAGGGCUACUCGCGCGACGCAUUCAAGGGCGGAUUUUCAGCUGGCUACCAUGGCACAGUUGGAUCCAAGGACGGGUGGAAGCCAUCAGCCUCGUUUGUGUCGUCUCGUGGUAGCCGCGCUGAGCGCCGAGAGAUGCGCCCCGAGGACUUUAUGGAUGAGGAGGAUCUUGCGGAUCGCCACGCAGCACAAACGAUAUCGGUCAAGCCACAAUACCUCAACGCCAGCGAAACCCAAGAAUCGGAUAGCAUUACAGCAAGCGAUAUGGCGACGGAGAAGCAAAGCGAUUAUAAAGAGGGGGGCGGAAUUGUUGGCGCAAUGGCAGAGCGGGUAUCUGCUGAGUUCAAUGCGCUCGAGCAGUCCAGCAUCAAGGUCAGCAGCAAGAUCGGCAAUCAGAUCAUGUCGCUGAUGGGCUGGAAGCCCGGCCAGGGUAUCGGUCCGCUGACAACAGUCGUCCAGCAACAGCAACAUUCCGUUGGUGGCGAUGGUGAUGACCAGGACAAGCAACAGCGACUUCCCCCUAGACCAGUUGCACUUGUGGAUUGCGAACCACCCACGCAAAAUAGACAUGGCUUGGGUUAUGGUGUAGACCUGGAUGCGCUCCCAGUAAACUCAGACAAUACUGCAGAGGAUUUGGGCACACCAGCACUGCCGGCAUUGGGGGCUAUAUUCAAAAGCAAACCAAAAACCGAGGAUUCCAAGCCCAAGUUGGCAAGCAAGGCCAAGAAGAAAAGACAGCAAAAGACAGACAUGCUCCGCCUCAGCUUUGGAUCAUUCGGUGAAGACGAAGACGAAGACAACGGGCAAGGUAGCGGCAUUGCGGGCGGAAUGGGCCGAUCAAAAACACAGUUGGAGCGAUUGGUAGACGAAAGGGCCAAGCCUGUGCCAAAAAGAACCAUGCCGCAAACGCAGCUCGACCAAAUGGCUUCACUUUGCCAUGAUGGGAGGCCGCCGUUGUCAGGGUUCGAGCUUGUUAGACUUGCUGAAGAUUCGGACGCACUUUACUACGAAGGCCCAGAAUUACCGAGCACCUACGACGGUAUGCGCGAUCAAGCUAAGUCGUUCAGAUGGGGCUCGGCGCCAGCAACAGGCUCGCAAUUAAAUCUUAAAGACGCCAACAACAGUGGUGGGAGCAGGUUUACCAUGGCAGAAAACAGGACCAAGUUGAGUGUCAUGACGGAUGCUCCCAAACCACCACCAGCGCACGAGGCUGUCAAUGCAGCCACAGCCACCGCAGCGCUUGCUGGGUUUAUGCCGUUUGCAGACAACCUAGAAAAGCAAUCUCGCUACCGCCAGUACCUGGAGACCUGCGCAAAAUUUGGCGAUAAAAACCCAAGUGUAUCUGCGACAGUGCUCAGCAAGCUGUCUUCUGAAAAGGAGUCACAGGAGUUUACCCGUCUGGCGCAAUUGUUUCGGCCAAACACAACUAUGCUAUCCCGGUUUACUAGGGCCACUAGUGAUUUGGAUACAGCGCCCGAGGAGACUGCCAAAGUUACUGAGGACAAAUCCGUUGGUUCGGCCAAGAACAAGACAAUUGUGCGGGCGGUACUCGACUGGGUACCCUCGCAGCUACUUUGCAAGCGAAUGGGCAUUGCGCCGCCAGCGCACUCGAUUGUGAACCAACCGAAACAGAGAAACUCAGACUCAGUUAAAUGUGUCGAUGAGCAGCAGCAGAAGACGCGCGGGCGCCGGCAGCAGGCCUCGGACUUUAUUCAAUGGCGCAAUGCUGACUUUGAUAAUCCAAGCAAGGCAACUGAAAUGGUAGAUUCGGGUUUGGUUUCCGACGAUAUAACGAGUUCUUUACACACAGAUGCUGCUAUUAUUCCAGAGAAGCACCCCAAUAUGGCGCUAUUCGAGUCAAUAUUUGGCGAUGAUGCUGAUAGCUGAAUUUAAUAUGAGUAGUUUACAAAUUUCUUAUUUUGACGUUAAAUUGUUUCCCGAUAAAGCAUUUGUUAUCAACCAAAUGUUGGCCAUAUUGCACAAUUGCAUUUUUUUACAAGAAAGUAAC